GAUCUUCGAGUCAAGGAUCCGAUGGGAGAUUGUACUUAUAUAUUUAUCAAAUCAAUAAAAUUUGAAUUAGCAUUGUUGUAGGCAUUGUUGUCUUUUAACUUCCAGGUAUGAGAUUAUCUUUUUACGGGUCGAAUCAACUGGGCAGCUGGAUGACCUUCCUAUAAUCAUGAGGGGAGAUGAGUGAAAGAAAAAUUAAAGUAGAAAAAAGUAUUCUUUUACAUUAUUUUUUAAAAUGCAUGAUGUGUUUAUUUUGAGCUAGCUACUACCUCAUUUCCCUCGGAGAAGCUAGAAGACUAUGGAAAAGAGAAUUUUGGUAUAUAUCUCCAGCAAAUAACAGUUCUAAGUGUUUAUAAAAGCCUCUGCCAGUUGCCUGCUGUAUUAGAGGUAAUUUGCUGAGUUUUAGCCAACAAUCAUGAUCUUUAGAUGCUUUGGAAAAUUUUGACUUUUUGCUUUAUCAGUCCUCUAAUGCAUCUUUUGUUGGCAGGUAUAGCACAUAUGUUUAUUAGAGUUGUGAAGGUACAACAAGUGUAUUUCAUAUCAACGUCAUACUCGUAUAGAUCUUUAUGUUUUGCCUUGAUUCCUCCAUGUAGAUAGAUAUGCUGUUCUUGGUGGUCAGUUGCCCAACAUCAACAUGAUUCCGCUAUGGUAUUUACCAACUUUAACUUGUCGAGCUAGAAAAAGAAAGGGCGCUGAGAUUUAUUGUAUUAUGUUUAGAUAUGGGUGCCUCUUAAUCCUUCCUCUUUCUGCCCGUGAAUUCCUUAUUUUCCUUUUUGAAGAUGACAAUUACGGUUGCUCUCAUAACUAUGUGAUAGUUCUUUAGGAAGAUGAUGGCGUCAAUUCAUCCUCUUAUUUCAUUUCAAGAUCUUCCUUUCUCUUAUAUUCCUGCAGCCAAGUUCUGUAGUUAGGAUCCGGAUGUUUUUUAAAUCAUAUAGCAUUAUGUUGCCAAUGCAUGUUAGCUUAUCCACUUCUUGUCUGUUGGAUGAAGGUGCAUGCAUACUGGACUGCCAUAUUAAUGGGUGUAUCCGUGGCUUGGUUGUGAUGGGGAGUUUAUGUUACUUGUCACCAAAAGUGCUUUACGAGGGCGCGGAUGCCAUUGAGUUAUCAGAACCGCCUCUUACUUUGGAUGUUGGAACUAAAUGCGUUUCCAUAGCUCAAGUUGGACCCAUAUUAAAGAACAUCCAGAUGAUGCUCCAACUAGAUGGUGGCAAUAUGAAGAUCAGGUAUAAGUUGCGGAGAAGCCAGCCUAGCUGAGUUUAAUUUUAGUUGUUGUCUUGCGGGACCAAGUGCACAGCUGCUCCAAAGCGUAACGCACGCAUGUAACAUUUGGUAGUAAGGGUGGAGAUGUAUUAUAAUGACAUGUUUAUGGUUUCAGUUCAAAUGAGAUGAAGGGUUUAUUCAGUUCAUGUGAAAGAUUGGAGAUUGAAAAGAAGGAACAUCAAGCGUCUAUGAUA